UCCCAGAGAGAGGCAAGGGAAAGAGCAGAUUGGCCCGGUCCCUUCAUGUCGCCAGUCUGUGGCUCGGAAUGCCAGCUUGCCAAGGCGCUGGAGGCGGCCUUUCGUGGGCAAGGGGAGGAGACGCGUGGAGGCGGGCGAGCAGGCGGGCGGGCGCUCCCUGCCUGCUGUGCCGCCCCUUCCGCGAUGAUUCGCUCGCCCUGCCCGCCUGGCACGACGGCACUUGCCAGUGGAGUGUGUUCCCCUUCAGGAGCGGCGUGGAGACAACCCUGGCUUGGCCUCAUGGAUGGCUCGGAGAGUGGGAGCCCGGUGCCGCGCGGGACGGGAGGCGGCGUUUCCUCGCCAAGCUGUUUCCUGUGGCAUCCCAGGAUUUGUACCUUCCUCUGAAUUGCAAUAUGAGUUUCUAAAAUAGAACUUGAGUAUUUCUCAUAAGGAUUUCCAUUUCCUGAUGACGAUCUCUUCAUGUCAUAUAUGCUGAUAGAGUGAGAAAAAGACCACAUCUCUGCCAUGGCAGUUUUUCUACUAGGAGCAGCACUACUUAUUGUUCAACCGCAGGUGGUGCCUUCUAGACCAACUGCCAGCUCAAAGGUGGACUCAACUACCCCAAAAGAAUCAUUUAGGAAAAGGGACUUCAAGGAUUGGAUUCAUCCCAAUGAGACACUCCGGCAACUUCCCCAAACUAUCAUCAUUGGUGUUCGGAAAGGUGGAACACGAGCCUUACUUGAGAUGUUAAGCCUCCAUCCUGAUAUAGCAGCAGCCGAAAGCGAAGUCCACUUCUUUGAUUGGGAAGAACAUUAUGGCAAGGGUUUACAAUGGUACAUUAACCAAAUGCCGCUCUCUGACAUCCACCAGAUAACAGUGGAAAAAACACCAGCAUAUUUCACUUCUUCCAAAGUGCCUGAAAGAGUUUAUAAGAUGAAUAAAUUUACCCGAUUACUCCUUAUUUUACGAGAUCCAACAGAGAGAGUGUUAUCAGAUUACACACAAGUGUUCUUCAAUCACGUGCAAAAACACAAACCUUAUCCUUCAAUAGAAGAAUUCCUGGUUAAAGAUGGUGAACUCAAUGUGAAUUAUAAAGCAAUAAACAGGAGCUUGUAUUAUGUUCACAUGCAGAAUUGGUUGAAGUAUUUCCCUCUGGAUCACAUUCACGUUGUAGAUGGAGAUAAACUAAUCAAAGAUCCUUUCUCCGAAAUCAUCAAAGUAGAAGAGUUUUUAAAGCUGCCACCACAGAUUAAUGCUUCAAACUUUUACUUCAAUAAAACAAAAGGCUUUUACUGCCUAAGGGACAGUGGUAGGGAUCGAUGCUUACAUGAAUCAAAAGGAAGAGCACACCCCAAAGUGGAUCCAAUUUUACUUGAAAAGCUGCACAAAUACUUUUGUGAGCCAAAUCAGAAAUUCUUUGAACUUGUUGGCAGAACAUUUGACUGGCACUGAAAUUAUGGAGAGAAGCAUCUGAGUGACUAAAACAUUUCAGUGCACACUUAGAAAAGGAGGGCAUUCAAAUAAUAAUUUAUUGGUAAAAUCCACAAAUUACUUCUGUACAAUAUGAGAGUCCUAACUGCCAUAUAAGCUAGUAAUAUUUUUAUAAUUGUUAAAUUAAAAACUUUUUGUAAUUUUUUCAUAGUUGUUAAUACUAUAUUAUGUCUAUAUAUAAAAGUAUUUCAUGAGAGUAAAGUGUCUUGAUACUGAUGCUUUUAAAUAUGUAUGUAUGUGUGCGUAUGGAAAAUACAUAUGUCUUAGUAAAUUGGAACUUCGAUUUUACCUUUCCAUGAAAUGUAAGGAUUUGAUGACCCUCUAGAAGAUUAUCUCAGUUGGUAUUAUCCUGGACUUCAUCCUCACUAGCCAAAAAAAAAUCCAUAUCCAUCUCUAAUCCAGUGCUGUAGGAAUACACAAUCCACAUCCAUCUCUAAUCCAGUACUGCUGUAACAAUGAAAACACUCCUUUUAGGCAUUAAUGUGAUUUUUGAAAUAGCACUUUUUGCUCCAUAUUUCUCAAGAAUUUUGUGUUGUUCUCAUUUGUAUGCUAUCUGAAUUCAAGUGGCAUAAGGGGUUGGCACAGAUUUGUGGGUGGCAUGCUCCAUCCACCAUGCAUUGCCAUUUAAAAAUAUUCAGUACUAUUUAGCAUUAUCUUUGAUCUUAUUUAUUAUUGCUUUAAUAAAAAGUACUAAAGGGGC